AUGCUAUUGAAACAGCUCAAGCUCGUGCAAGUCACAUUUGGUUUGGUUUCACUUUGUAGAUCUAGAGUUAACAAUUUGUUUCGUGUACUGCCGAUUUCUUGCUGCUUUGGGACAACAUCUUCAAAACGUUCAACGAUUAUAAGAACCAUGGCGACAACUAAGAAACCUUUUGAGAGACUUCCAACCAACGUUGCCCCCAAGAAUUAUGCUCUGACUUUGCAACCAAAUCUCACGGAAUUCACCUUUACUGGCAAGGAAGUAAUAGAUGUCGAGGUAAUGCAAAAAAUUAUCCCGAAUACAUAAAAUUAAAUGUCGCUCUUUAACUUGCGUUAGAAAUUGAUCGAGAAACUGUUAAGUUUGCCCACUGCAGCGUCACGUUGAUGAUGGUGAAUUAUUUCACUUUCCUUUAAAAAUUACAGUUUCGAUUUCAUCACACUCCUCUGACGAGGAAGUAGCGAUGACUGUAGAAUGUCGUUGUAAUUACAUCUUUUUUUAUCUAUUUCAAAUAUUUAGGUCGGUUAAUUUUUGAAUUGGUAAGGGAGGCCAGGGGGCAAGGGGUAAAUAUUUGCUGAGUAUGGACGUGUGAUGUGUGUCAGGGAGGAGUUGAGGGAAAAUUUUCACACUUUGUUAACCCAUUCGCCCCUGAACCGCCCUAAAUAACCGCCCUAAUUCCGUUUACUUACAGUACUACGUGUAAUUAAUUUAUCGCUGAGGUACACAGGGGCUAGUCCCGACAUGCAUUUGGAUCCAGGUCCUUUCUACCCUUUGUGACGCUCAUCAGUUUUAACAGUCAAGGACAACUUUCUUACGCUAAGGCCCAGUUCAGAUGUUUGUCGGACAACUGAGCUUCUCUGCUUUGCCGUGCUUAUCGAACUUAAUUGUAAUUUCAUAGUCGUCAGUCUUGGGGAUUGGAACAACCUCUGCUAGCCAUGCGGCAGGAAAACAACUUUGAUUCAGACGUCUUUGUAGUUUGCUUGUCAUGACCAGGAGAUGGAAUAGACAUCAAAAUGGCUUGGACUUCAACCAAAUUCAGGAUUUACUGAUGCCUGCCUUGAAAAUAAGAACUGAAUUCUUCUCCCAGCUUCCCACAGCUUUGUCGUGGGGCUGCAUGACUUAUCACGCCAAAAUACAUUAAUAUAAUUUAUUAAUUUUGUUUUUAUAGGCUGACCAUGCAGAAAUCGUCGGGUUUUUCUUGCAAGAGCUCUCCAAUAAUCCCUUGUCUUCAUUAAGCUUUUUAUCUCUGGGGUAAUAAAGGGGUUUGAUCGUUUGAAUUGACCAAGGUACAAAUGACGCUGCCCGUGCCAUAUAGUUUUAAAAGAUCUUGAAGAGCCGUUUUAGCACGGCAUGGACGCUUGUCGAACAUCCAGUAAUUGGUUGUAACUUAAUUCAAAAGUUUGAUUCUGUUGGAUUUAAUAGAUUGCAGUUUAAAUCGCCCAAGAUGAAAACAGGUUUGUUGUGUGAUAGAGCUGCCGUACUUUUGAGAGGCAGUCGAACUUAAUUCCUGAAUUUAGUUUGGUGUAAACCAGAUGGAAAUAUCCCAGAUAUGUCGGCCAGGCUUUGGACUUUAAAUUGUUCUUUGACAUAGACACACACUCCGCCACCAGGCUUGUGAGAUCGUCCCUGUGGAUGAACUGGGCCUAACUUGUGCAGAGUGAAGAGAUCUUUCAAACCAUACCAGAAUGAGCACAAUUCAGUCAAGGACACUGGAGAAAGAAGCAAAAAACCACGUGACAGGGACCUGAAAAUCUCCAUGAAAAUCUUGUGCCAUUACCCACCUACCUUUCCUUUCACCUAAUCCUAAGAUCCUAAAAGCUUUCCUAAAAACUCUUCCCACCAAAAUGAAGCCUACUAAAUGCCCAGCAAGAGAAAAAAAAAAUGAGGCAAGAAAAGCGAAAAAAGAAGGGAGGAGAGAAAGCGAAAAGUAAAAGUCAAGACUGCUGUGUCACUUUUAAACCCAAAAACUAUCUCGAAAUUUUGCUUUCUGCACAUGCCCGAACUUCGCAAGCUAAUAUUUUGCAUCUGGAUCAGAAGGCCGCCAAGUGUACGACCUGUAAACCGGUUUGUGGUAAGUUUUAGCUCUUUAUAGCACGACAGUGACCAGAAAACCACUUGACUAGCUUCAAAACGCGUUUUUCGGCAAAAUCUCCAAGAGCGAAUGGGUUAAGGGAAGCUUAUUUUUUUACUAUCAAUAUUAUUAUUAUAAUUAUUAUUGUUAUUUUUGUUAUUGUUCCGAGCAAAGCAAGGUGUAAAGGGAUUUAUAAUUUUGUCGUACGGAACGUUGUGCAGAACGAUGAGUGGAUUGAGCGAGGAUCCUAAGCAGGGUGCGAUUAAUUAGCGAGGCUUUGGUCAAAAAUCUUUCUUUCUAUCGGUUUUGUAACCACAGUUGCCUAGCAACAAAGUCACGAUGGCAUCCCAAUUGACAUCAGCAGCAUGACGCUAUCGUAAGCUGGCUUUGAUUUUGCUUCUGUCAUAAAAAAUCUUUCUUUGUAUGAGUUUGGUAUCCGAAGUUGGCUAGCCAUGAUGUCUCAACUAAGCUCGAAUUGACGUCAUUCAGUCUGACUUGGGGCAUUUUCAGGUUUCCAGAGUUUCUGCAUCCGUUUUGGCGAUCAAGAAGUUAUCCCGGCUAGAAAUAUUGACUGGAGAAGUAUAUUCCAAAAAACGUUGAAGCAAUUUGGGCUAGUAGCUUCAAAAUAAGACUAAAAAUCGACUUACAAUCUGAGCAAUUUUCAGUGCGUCUCACUUCGCAUACUAGUUUGUUUAUGUCGUGCGAUAUGUUUUUCCAAAGUGUGUUUCAGUUUGGCUUUUAAUUGUCGAAACCUUAUCUUUUUUCCCUGAAAUCUAGUUUGGAAUUCAUCUUACACCAUGGAUAGAUCAAAGUUUCAGUUCUGUACUACGGCCCAAAGUACAAUAAUUUUCAUGCAAAAUGUACUGUCUUGUUUAUAUUUUUUUUCUAUUUAUCAUCUGGUGGCUAAAAUAAUGCUAUUAAAUAAGCUUUUCAAAAUCUUAUACUUUUAAAAGAACACCAUACACUGUACAAUACCCACCCCCGCCCCCCAAAAUAAAGAAGAAGAAAAGAAAAAACAAAGCAGGUACCUUAAUGAGGAGCAAACUUGCUGGGUCACCCAUCCAGUUCCUAACCCUACCCAACAGAGCUUAACUUGAAUGCCGCUACUGAAAAACUGAGUUUUGCGAGGGUUAUUGUGAGAUUUACGUAUUUCUAGUUAUUAUUAGGGCCAUUUAUACGAGGAAAAAUAAGACGCGUCUUACAUAAGAAGCGUCUUAAAUAAGACGCGAACUGUACCAUUUAUACGAGCAUGUCUUAUCUAAUAAGACGCGUCUUAGCUAAGCCACGUCUUAUUUUAGACGAAAUGUGCCAUUUAUACGGAAAGUUGUCUUAUUUUUCCUCGUAUAAAAGGCCCCAUUGUUCAUGUCACUCAGCUUGAUCUUCAUGCUGGAUAGAUAUCCAUAGGGCAAGCUACGACUUGCAGCUUUGCUUAGGCCUCCAGAACCCUUCUAAGCAAUCUUGCAGUUUACAGAGCUGCCUUCUGUUAUUAUUAUUAUUAUUAUUAUUAUUAUUAUUUAUCUUUUAGAGAUUUUUCUUGUACAAUUCAAAUUCCCUGCUAAUGGACACCUUGGCUGGCAGAUCCUGACCCUACUAUAUAGUUCACAAAUGUCCCAACAACGUUAACACAUACACAUGGCAUUUUUACCUUUCAUAUGCAGGCUACCGUAAAAUACCGUAAGUAAGCCCCUCCAAAUAUAAGCCCCCCAAUCCAGUAAUGCAAAAAACCCUCCAUCAAAUCGCCCCUCCAAAUAUAAGCCCGGUGGCUUGUACUUGAAAGUUUGCCCUCAAAUAUAACGAAAAACGAAGCAAAAACGGCGAAUUUACUUCCAACUAUGAGACUAACCCAAUCGAUUUCGAAAUGCAAAUUUCCCUCCGUAGAUAAGCCCCUCUGAAUAAAAGCCCCUCCAAAAAUAAGCCCCUCAAAAAGGGCCUUUGAAAAAUAUAAGCCCCGGGGCUUAUUUUCGGAAUUUUAUGGUAUGCCCCUUGGAAGAUGCCUUUUACUUUCUGGUCCCUAGGAUUUCUGCUUGUGGAAGGUUUGGCUGUACUUGUACUUGUACCGUGUAUUUAGACUCUUGUUCUCUUUUACACAAUCAUAAUAAGGUUUGUCAGGCAACAGACAAGGUGACAGUGAACUGCUUGGAUAUCUCUAUUCAGUCAGCAAAUUUCACUUCCGGUGGCUCAAGUAAGUUGAUCAAUUAAUUUUUCCAUUAAUUAUCACGUUAAUAAUAGAUAUCAAUUAUUGAUAUGUAAACUAUUAAAUUAAACUCAUCGCAAAUAGAUGAGCUUGGCCUGAACUGGUGCCUUAAAAGUAAGUGGGGUGCCUGUUAAUUUUUACUUUUCUAUUGUUUUUGGGUAUGGUAAUGUGUGCUAAUGAAUUUAAAACAACGGAUGACAAAAGUUAACUGAAACAAAAAAUUGACUGCAACAAAUUAAAUACAUGUAACAUCAUAAUAUUCUUAUUAUACUACCAGAAUAACAGUUAUAAUGAUGAUGAUAAUAAUAAUGAUAAUAAUAAUAAUAACAGUAUUAAUAAUGAUAAUGAUUAUAAUAAUAAUAUUAUAAUACAGUAAUUAACAAUAUUAAUGAAUGAGGCUGAGUUUUAUUGGAAGAAUUAUGGAGAUCGAGAAGGGUGUUUUCCGAGAUCUCCAUCAGAUGAUGCGAAAGCCAAAUUCAAUAAAUUGUUUUAUUAUUCAUUUAAAAAAAUUCCUAGUUUAAAAACAAGCUACAUGUAUGCUUACCUCCCUCUAUGUUAAGUUCAUCUUCGAUAGUGCAUGUUAAUCAGUAAGUUUAGGAGAUGAAGGGUUGUUCAGCUUCUGCAAGUACUCUCCAAUCCAAAUAGCAGAUGUCAUCUGUCGAGUUGUCUUUGUGCCGUUUUUGUUAUGUUUUUAGCCAAUAGUUCACCUAUUUCUUCGACGUGAAACGAGUGAAAUGUUCUGCCAUUUUUAUACUCAUUCCAAAAACAACUCAACCUCGUCCCCAGGUCUUCUUGGUUAACAGUUCAAUAAUCUAGCAAUUUUGCUUAACUACUGAUAUCAUUUUUCACAUAUCGCAAAAUGUCUUUCAAAUUUUUUGAUAAUAGCUGGUUAUGAUGAAUUAUGCAUGGGAUUUUAGCCAACCAGAAAUGGAGAAAUAUUUUCGAAUGAAUAGUAUCAAAUUUUAUUGUCUCUUCAGCUUUGAAAACUUCUGACAUUAAUUACAACAAAGAAGAAGAAACAGUUACCAUCAGCUUUCCUUCCCCUCUUCCUCUUGGGAAUGGUCAGCUAUUCAUUGAUUUUACUGGGGAGUUAAAUGACAAGAUGAAGGGAUUUUAUAGGAGCAAAUACACUGGUACAGAUGGAAAUGAAAAAUACUGUGCUGUUACUCAAUUUGAAGUAAGUGAACUGAGAAUGUACUUGAAAAUUAUUUUUUUAGAGUACAUUACAAACACAUUCUGUAUAUUUUGAAAUAACAGUUGAAUUCAGAGUGAAUUAAAUGGAUGGGACACAGUUCAUGUAUGUAUCUCAAAGCAUCAUUAUCUUCUUCAUGCUAGAUUCAUGAAUAAGUACAACAUUAGGUUUUAAUAAUUUUGCAGGUGAAAAUUAUAUUCUAAUUAUUCAUGAAUAAUUAGGACUUAGGAGACAAAGGAAAUGGAGAAUCAACCUUGGUUAAAAAAUUUUGACAAGAAUAUAAUAUUAUUUUGACCCCCAACAUACAUGUAUACAUUGUACGACUAUUGUGCAUGUGGCUCAAAUGUUACGCUGAUUUCAAUCCAGUCUUUUUGUCAAAGGAAAGUAGAAUUGAAACUGGUUACAUACAUGUACAUAUUUCUUAAGCAAAGAAAAUUUUGAAGCAUAGCAGUGAUAAUGACAUACAUGUAGAGCAAUAAAGUUGCUUUCAAUCAUUUUCAGUUUCUGUCUGCAUGUGUUCAUUUUGUCACAUUACGGCUAUGAUCAAUAACAUUUGCAUUGCUGGAAGAGGGAAGGAUGAUAAUUAUCAAAUUGUGAAGUAAUCUGUCAUACAUGUAGGUAAAUUAAAAUUGCAUAAAGGCCAAGUGUGAUUUCCAUUUCUUUUAGCCCAGGAUAUAAUGCAGAGUAACUAUACAAAUUGAUCCAGGUUUCGUUAGGUUGCUUAUUGUAUCCGUUUUUCUAAAUGCAUUGUUCCAUACUUCCUUGUUUUCUUUUCAGCCAACAGAUGCUCGGCGUGCUUUUCCAUGUUGGGAUGAACCUGCACUCAAAGCAACUUUUGACAUCACCUUGGUUGUGCCAAAAGACAGAGUGGCCUUAUCAAACAUGGUAAACUUUCAGUGGUAAUAUGCAAGUUAAUAUUAUGGCUGCGUCUAGAAGCAUUUAAUGCGUGUUAAUUUUUGCAUAAACAAAAUGCUGAAGAGAGUAAUAAUGCUUACUUGACUGAAGAGUGUGGUUUAAUUUACCUGUGUUUAAUGAUCAAUUAUUGUUGAUCAUUGAUUGAAAAAUAUAUUUAAGCAAUGCAGUAAUAUAUUAGUUAUGGAAAAUGUCCUGUCAAGUAUCUUGAAAAAAAAAAAUAGAAAAAUAUUGUUGACAGUAACAUAAAAAAAAAUAGUUCUGUGCUGUCUUCUUUAAUGGACUUGAAAUUGUUUCCCAGACAUAAUCAAUUGGUGACCGGCUUUUGUGAUACAUCAAUUUUAUUUGUUUUUGUUGUGUUCUAAAAUGUGGUUUAGUGGUUGUGCUUACAUGAACGUUCCAUUGAUUUGUAAGGGUUUUGUUUCAUAUUCAUGAAAUGAUUGUCGGUAAUAUUAAUGUUGUCCACAGUAAUGAAACCUCAAAAGUUUAUAUUUCUUACAGUCUUUGACUUGCACACUGGUGAAAAUAAAUGGAACACUUAAUAAAGAAAUUUUUUGAUUCUAAAAUGAUCAUUCAGUUGGGUCACUCUGAUAGAGUAUUAAAUCUCAAACAAUUCCCAAUGCUUUGGGAACUUGACGCGAGUACCUAAAUUUUGCCAUUGACACGUUGCAUUCAUGAACUUACACCUAUCCAAUAGCAUUCAUUUGCAUGUUUUAAACUUGCAGAAUGUUAUAGAAGAAUCAAGUGUAGCUGAAGAUGCCUCUCUUACAAUGGUAAAAUAUGCCCAGACCCCAAUAAUGUCCACAUAUUUGCUGGCAUUUGUUGUUGGAGAGUUUGAUUUUGUGGAAGGAAAAGAUAGUGAUGGCGUAAACAUCAAAGUUUAUACACCAAAGGGGAAAUCUAUCCAAGGACAGUUUGCUUUGGAGGUUAGUGGGUUAGAUUAUCGUUAUUACAUUUAUGUAUUUUUGUAUAAAGAAAUGUACUGAUGUCAAAAAAGUAAUAUUGUCACUGCCACCACCUCCACUACCUUCACCACCACCACGACCUCCACUACCACCUCCACCACCACCAUCAGCUCCACCUCUACCACCAUGCAUGACCACCACCUCCUCUUCCAUCAAAUACCGACACCACUUCAAUCACCACUGCCUCUACCACUACCACCACCUAGCUUACCAGCUGUACUUCCACUACCAUGACAACCAUCACCACUACCACCUCCACCACAUCACUACCACCUCCACCACUACUACCACCAUCACCAUGACCACCACCUCCACCACCAUCACUCCUCAACCACCAUUUUAUCACUACUACUUCUACCACCAUUACCACCACUACCACCACCACCACCAUGACCAUCACCACCACUACCACCUCCGCCACCAUGACCAUCACCACCACUACCACCACCACCACCACUACCACCUCCACUACCAUCAUUACUGCCUCUACCACACCUCCACCACUACCAUCACCACCAUUAUGACCACCACCACCACUACCACCUCUGCCACCAUCAUUACUGCCUCCACCACACCUCCACCACUACCAUCACCACCACCAUGACCACCACCACCAUGACCACACCACCACUACCACCUCCGCCACCAUCAUUACUGCCUCCACCACACCUCCACCACUACCGUCACCACCACCAUGACCACCACCACCGACUACCACCUCCGCCACCAUCAUUACUGCCUCCACCACACCCACCACUACCGUCACCACCACCAUGACCACCACCACCACUACCACCUCUGCCACCAUCAUUACUGCCUCCACCACACCUCCACCACUACCAUCACCACCACCAUGGCCACCACCACCACUACCACAUUCACCACCAUCAUUACUGCCCCCACCACACCUCCACCACUACCGUCACCACCACCAUGACCACCACCACGACUACCACCUCCGCCACCAUCAUUACUGCCUCCACCACACCUCCACCACUACCGUCACCACCACCAUGACCACCACCACCACUACCACCUCUGCCACCAUCAUUACUGCCUCCACCACGCCUCCACCACUACCAUCACCACCACCAUGGCCACCACCACCACUACCACCUCCACCACCACCAUUACUGCCCCCACCACACCACCACCAUGACCACCACCACCGCUACCACCUCUGCCACCAUCAUUACUGCCUCCACCACACCUCCACCACUACCAUCACCACCAUUAUGACCACCACCACCACCUCUGCCACCAUCAUUACUGCCUCCACCACACCUCCACCACUACCAUCACCACCACCAUGGCCACCACCACCACUACCACAUUCACCACCAUCAUUACUGCCCCCACCACACCUCCACCACUACCGUCACCACCACCAUGACCACUACCACUACCACAUUCACCACCAUCAACCACCACCACCACCCUCCACCACCACCACCACCACCACCACUACCACCUCCACCUUGGUUGCUGGGAAUGGCUAACAACUGUUAGGAGGGUCUCUGACGCUGAAUAGAGCAUGGCAGAAGGUCACCUGAUAUCAGGCAAUGAAUUUGGCUAAAAUUAAGACCAAGAGAACCAUGUUGAAUUGACAAUAAUAAUGAUAAUUAUGAUAAUGUUAAAUAGUAUUUCUUUUUUUGAAGUUGUGUUUAGCUUUCAGCCCCACUUGUAUCCUUGUUCACAUCACUAUAAACUAAAACGUGAUUGAAGGUUCUAAGGUAACUGCAAAAGUCUGUAUUGCAAAGCAUUGUAGUGCAUGCUGAAGGAUGAUGUAGAUGAUAAUGGUUUGUUAAUUAUUUGCAAUUUAAAACGUACAUAUGUACCUGUUGUUGUUUUGUAGGUUGCCCAAAAGACACUUCCUUUCUAUAAAAAUUACUUCAAAAUUAGUUACCCUCUACCAAAGAUGGAUCUGAUUGCUAUCCCUGAUUUUGCUGCCGGUAAGAUGCUAUGAAUUGUUGCUGUGUGAUGUACAUUUACAGGGCUCAAAAUGAAUUUGGGACAUACAUUAAUUUUGUACCGUUGCCAGUUUUGUUGACUGGCCAAAGAAUUGGCUUGGUCAUGUCUCUCUUCUGACUGGUUGAAUGCCUCAAUUUUUUAUUUAAUAACUUUGUUUCGAUUGGUUUCUUUUUUAGGGGCUAUGGAAAACUGGGGACUGGUGACUUACAGGUGAUCAGGAGUGUUCGUGUGAUUUUUUUUUUCAAAAUAAAUUAAUAAUGUCAAUAGCUGUUGCUCUACGUCCUAAAGUGGUACCCAUUUUUCACUCUACAGCCCUUGAGGGAAAGCUAGUGAAUGUAUGUCACUAUAAAUUAAUUUUGUUUCCUUUAGUUUCAUUUUUUGUAUAUACAAAUGGUGCCUUUCUUACUUCCUCUAAACAAAACUUUGUUUAUUUCUUUAGAGAAACGGCCCUUCUUGUUGACCCUGAAAAUUCAUCGUCUGCUGCCAAACAAUGGGUAGCAUUGGUUGUUGGUGAGUCAGACUUUUUUAAAUUUAAUCAUCUUUAAGUUGGAAGAUUUUCUUUCAUAAAGCUGAGCAACGAAAGUAGAUAUUCAAUAGUUUGAAAUGAAUUAACAAGGGAAAAAUGAAAUUAUCUGGAACAAAGUAUCUGCAAUAUAAUAUUCAUGUUGCCCAGUAGUGGCUAAAAUUGAAGGGAUUUUGUCUAGUAGUAAUAACUAUAACAACAACAAAAACUUCAUUUGGAUUGUACCCAACAGUACAGUUUUAACGUUUAACAAAGUAACUGUUCGUAAUUUUAUUGUUUACAUAAUUUAACCCAUCAAAUUUAUUACUUACUUUGCUUUAGGUCAUGAAAUAGCCCACCAGUGGUUUGGAAAUCUGGUAAGUUAGUCGAAGGGUGGGUUAUUACAGUUGACUGGCAUGCAGUUUCUGUUGUGGACAGAUACUUGCAUUUGUUAUUGAGAUGUUAAAAUUGAUCCAUGUUGCAUAUUAUGUACCUUCAACUGAUGAUAGUACACCUCACUUUGACUUUAAUCCUUUAAGUCCCUUUAUCAACAUACAAAUUCUCCACACUGAUCUCCUUACAUUUCUUAAAGAUUUAAUUGAGAGAAUUUGAUUAAAAGAUCAAAGCAUUUUAUCUUUAGUGAUCAUUUUAUUAAUUCUCAUGACCUUUUCUCUUGACUUUAAAUCAAUAUUGUAAGGAGAAAAUUGGUGUUGAUCACUCUUGGGACUUAAAUGGUUAAAGAUGGCUAUCACACAGACUGUUGAAAUUUGUUAGUCAGUCACUACUGUCAACAACAGUCACUUUCCUAUGGGCUACAUGCACUUGGAAAAUCAUUUAUGAUCCUACCUACUAGAAUUAAUUUUGACAUGAUGCCUAGGCUCAAACCAUAAACCAGUAAAGUUUAUUGACUGUGUACAGGACAAAAAAUGUGAUCAUUGUAUGUAUAGAGAAGAGAAUUUUCCUAUUUAUUCACAAAAAGUCUUGUGAAUUCUGCUUCACUUGAAUAGUGUUAUUGAUAUUCUUGCAUCUCAUUUGCUUUUCAGAUAACCAUGGUAAGAAAUGCCAUUGAACUUAAACUGCAUCUUUUCUCUGCAUUUGGCUUACGGCAAGUGAAUCAAGAGAAGUGAUAGUCACUGUAAACAUAUGGAUGUCUGUUGGUUGUAGUGGACAAGUUUCUAUUAUUUUUUGUUUUCCCUGAAAAUGUUUAAUUGCCUGUUAGAUUGUUACUCGAUUCAGAUGAAUGGUACAAAUUGUGUUAACCUAAGCAGUUACCGGUAUUGUACUUUUCUAGAGUGGGUACAUGUACAUGUACUGUUUAUUAUGAUGUACAAGGGGGUUCUGACUUUUGGGUCUCUGAAUGAAAUUCUUGAGUGUAACUAUUCAAUUGAAAGCUAUUGAACAGUACUUUCCUGUGCAGGUACUGUUUAUUAUGCUGUACAAGUUGGUUAUAACAUAUUACAUUUGAGCAGCCUUUAAAUAAUACAUGUACAAUCCUCAAGUGUGACCAUUCAAAUAAAAGCUGCUUAUAGUAGGACUUUCAAUUCCCAAAGUACUUGGUUUUUUAUAAACUUUUGACGCUUCAGUUAGUGACACGGUAUAGGCUCAAACCAUUACCUCCAGAUCUGAACCCAGCAAUUUUAGCCAUGUAAUCAAAGCACCAUGCAUCAUCAAUAUAGAGGUAAACAGCUGAUUUUGAUUUUCAGGAAUGGUGGACUCACUUAUGGCUGAAUGAGGGAUUUGCUUCCUGGAUAGAAUAUCUUUGCGUAGAUCAUUGUUUUCCUGAGUGGGACAUUUGGACUCAGUUUGUGACAUCUGAUUAUUCUAGAGCCUUGGAUCUCGAUGCUUUGGCCAACAGGUAUAUUAUGGUAGAGAGAAUUUCCAACAAAAUAAAAAAAAAAAUGUUUUUGCCUCUAAUUCUUUUGUUUCUAUUACAGAUUGAUCAUAGAUUGCUAGACUGUUGCAUUAUAGCAAUAAUUUUGAAACAAUUUCCUCUGUGUGACAGUAAGGGCAUACAGGGUGCAUGUACAUUUAAAGUAAAUUGCAAUCACUGUGCUGGGAUCAUUAAAAAAUGUUCAACAAGCACAGAAAAUUAUUACUGGAAACAAUGGAUCUAUCAGGUCCAGAGUGUGGCCAUUUUUGUGGGUACCAAAGGAAGCCAAAAAAAAUACAUAUAAUAUAAUAUUACCUUCAAUACAUUCAAGCCAGUUAUGGAAACAGAAAAACUCUUACGUGAUCAUUCUUGCAAGAUAGACUUCUGGGCCCAGUUGUUCGAAGGCCGAUUAGCGCUUAACCCAGAGUUAAAUUUAAAUUUCUUUUGUUCAAAAGCAUUUUUUCGGCUAAUUUGCUCUGUUAUUUUUAAGACAUCCAAUCAUCAACUUGUUAACUAAAACAAUCAAACUGAAUUACUUUCUCAGCUUCCAUUUCUGAAUUCAAAUUUCGCACCAGCCCUGGGUUAUUUUAACCCAGCUUUGAACAACUCAGCCCUGAGUUCAAUGCAGGCUAACUUUUAACUGCAUUGCAGUUAACUUAAUAUUUUUAUAAGUGUAGUUACAGUGACUUUCUCAUAUGUAUCAUUUAACUUGCCUUUUGUUGUUUUUGUUACAUGUUUACUUCUCAAGUCAUCCUAUCGAGGUAAGAAACUAGACAUAAAAAGAUGUAUUAAUUAAGUCAAUUUAGUCAAUGUAAUGGACCGUCGACCAGAAGAUAUAUAUGGCUACUGUAGUGCCCUUAGUGAAGGUUUGACUGUACUCCUAAAUGUGAACUGUAGGGUUGUCUAAAGUUUUGCUUAAUGUCUAAUACUUUUUUCCCCAAAGAAAUCAAUUGCCAAGGCACUGUAGAGAGACACUUCCAUGGUUUUUCAUCUUUUGAUGGGGAGCAGUUAGUAAAAAUCUGUCAACAUCACUGGAAAGUUGCCAAGUUUGAAAGUGAUUUGUUGAAAACCAACAAAGAUUUAGCUCCGGAAGGUCGCGGAAGUUUUAAGAGGUUUAUAUGGUGGACAUGAACCUGCCCCCCCACCAUACAAAUGUUUCUGUUUUAUUUCGCGACUUUGUGGAGCUGUAUCUGACAUUCUCUUUCAACACAUCACCUUUAAACUUGGUAAGUUACCCUAGUUUAAGGUCCUCUUUCGAACACUGUCAAAGGAUAUUUGCUUACUGCUCUUUAUUAAUUAAAAGUUGAAAAAAAAAAACAACAACAACAACACAAAAGGGUCUAAUUGUGGAGAUGUUAUUAUAAUUAUAUGACUUCUGGCAUCUCAAUUUUUGAAUGUAGGUACCAGUGGGACAUCCUGGUGAAAUAGAUGAGAUCUUUGAUGCUAUUUCUUACAGCAAAGGAGCUUCUGUUAUUAGGAUGUUGCAUGAAUUUGUAGGAGAAAAGGUUUGUUCAGUGUACAGUUUUAGUCGCAAAGAUUUAUUCGGUAAUGAUGACUUUACUAUUAUGUUCAGGAUUAUAAUUUUGAUUCUCUAUUUUAACAAUGUAGUUUCUUCCUACUAAAUAACAGGUGUAUAUAGCUGAUUCAAUGAAGAUUCAGGGUUCUCAUUAAGUGCUGACAGCGGGCUAAAAAACGGGAUACUUAGAGGUUUUAGCCGUCUUCUUUUUGGGGAAAGAGUGAAAGCCUGAAAUUGCCUACAGCACUCAGUUACCAAGCCGCCGACAUUUACAUCAUAGCUGUCUACUUUAAAACUUAAUUAGAACCCUGGAGAUUGCGUUAUGCACAGGAAAGCUUUUGUUUGGUCGUCACUCAAGUAAAUAGUCGCAGUUAGUUUCAUAUGCCCAAAUGCCCAAUUACCAAAGCAAACUUUAUUGAAAUUAUAGGUGUUGCUGCUUUUCAGUGAUUUAGCUUUCUCACACCUGAUUGGCUUUUUCAUUGAAAUGUGAUAACCUUCCAAACAUCAUUCUUGUUAACAGUUUUCUGAGUUUGGCAGUAAUACAUGUACUGUGCUUGUCGUUAUUUUGUAGGCGUUCAGAGAAGGACUUGCAUACCAUUUAGAUAAAUUCAAGUACAGCAAUGCUACAACUGGUAAUAAUCUCUAUGUUUUUGUUACUCUACUUAUUUGCACGACUGUCCAGUUUGAUUCCAGAAGUUGACUUUUACAUUCUAUUUUCUCUUUGCCCCACUUAUGUUGCUUUUCUUGCCCUGUUUUCUCUUUUGCUGGGUAUUCACUAAGGCUUCUUUUCGGUGGGAGAAGUUUUUGUGCAUACUUUUAGGAUUUAUGAAAUUAGUUUGAAGGUGCAGGUGGGUAGUGGAACAAGAUUUUCAGGACAACUUUUCAGUUUGUCUUUUUCUUGUGUGUGUGUUUUUUUCUCUGGCCUGUUUGACUGAGUUGUUCUCAAUCAGGCAUGGUUAAGAUCUUUUCCGCGUUUACAAGGUACAUGUAGAUGACAAAGGUAUCUGUGGUGUUAAAACGGAUGACAUCACCAGCAGUACAAGACGUUGUUCUAAUCGGGCACUUCAGUUGUGAAUGGGUUCAAGGUCAUUGCCAUAAAACUUUGUUGAAUUUUUUGCUUUGACUUUUUAGAGGACUUGUGGGCUAGCUUAGAACAUGCCAGUUCUAAGCCGGUAGGUGCUGUCAUGGAGACAUGGACCAAACAGAUGGGGUUCCCUGUGCUAUCUGUCUCAGCAGAACAGGUGACGAAUGUGUGACUAUAAAGUUACAUGUACUAGAAUAAUGUAGUUUUCGGUGUCUAUUGUGACAACAGGCACACCGAGCCAGACAUUUUGACACUGUGAAGAAAGAGUCAAAGUAGCGUACGUAUGCGGCGCAAUCGCUUGGGCAAGGAAAUAUUUGGCAUAGGAGCUGCGACAACCUCGUCUACAGGGCUUUUCCCUUUAAAAAUGGGAGGAGCGGCAAAAGGCCCUGACAGCGGCUGGUCACUUGUCUGGCGCAAAUAUUCCUGGGAAUGUUGUUUUUGCAAUGCGCUGUUUUUCCCGCCUAUUCCAUUUUCUAAGGGAAAAGCCCAGCAGACGAGGUUGGAGCUGCGAAGCCGUUCUUAGAAUGGAAUGCUUCUUACGGCCGGCGAUGGCGCCGAGGAUCGGCGCUUUGCAGCCAAAACUCUAGCACGCGCAAAAAUAAUUCCGCCUGCCGGCUAUACUAGGCUAGAGUCGAAGUGACGGUGUUCAUGCUUUGUUGCAGGAUUUCAAAUUUGUUUUUGCUUCUGUCAUGAUUUUUUCUGCUUGUAACCUUCCAUGAAUUGUUUUCAGUUAUUUGUUUUCAAAGAUAUUUCUCCUUGGUUGGAAGCUUCAUUCACACGAUUCCCUAAUAAUCAACCCUAAAUUUAGCGAAAAAAUUUCAAAAAAAAUACGCAAGAAUAUUAGGUAAUUUUGUUUCUUGUUUGUUUCAUAGAAAGCAGAUUCUAGAGACGUCACCAUCUCACAGGAUAAAUUCUUUGCUGAUGGAGUUAGUCAAGGUAGUUAAGUCAAUGGGUCGUUUUUAGUGAGCAUGCGAGAAAUUUUCUUCAGGGGGAAAGGGUGACUCUGUCAAUUAUGGUCAUUCUUCAAUCUCAGCAGUCAGUUCUUUCACGAAUAUCCAACUUUUACUGCAAUUUUUGUCGGGUCCAAUCCAUUUAAAAUUGUUUAAGUCCUACUGAUGAGGUGACCGGUCGUUUCGCCUACUCGUCGUUUCGUUAACGUCCUGUUUGCGAACUUCUUAAGUCGUUUCGCUUACAAAACAAAACGGGCGCUAUACGCGUUGAAACCUCGUACUUUCAGCCAUUACAUAAAAAAGUUAAUGUGUACAGUCUGUAUACCCCAGUCUUUAGGCUACUGAUGGCAAAAGAAGUUGGAGAACUGACCUAAGACUUUCACGAAGAGGACGUAGGAGAAACGAUCGUAAAUCAACUGAUUGUAACAUAUUGAGGGUAAUGAUAACUGGUUUGAGGUAUGUUUCGUUUUUCCUGUUGGGGGAAAUUAGGUUCUUAUCACUGGCAAGUCCCCGUCAGUGUAUCAUCAAGUGCUAAUCCCAAAGAGGCUAUAGCAAGUACGUUACUGGAUCAAAAAUCCUGUACUCUGACUUUAAAUGGAGUCAAACCGGAUCAGUGGAUUAAGGUGAGUCCUUAUAGCGAUCUUAAGAGAAUUUCUCCUGAUAAUAAAACAUUCAAGACAGACGAAAAGAGGAAGUGAAAAGCAAAGAUCCAGAGAGGUUGUAAGGUUUUCGGUAGAUUCUCAUUACCGCUCUCCCACCAAGUGGCCACCAAACAUGUCACACUUUUCAUCUGUCAUUCUCUGAAUGGAACUGUUUACCUGACUUUACACAGUGUUACCUCAAGUCAGUCAUUUAAAUUUGCCUGAUUCCUGAAGUUUCUAACAUUAUAAACUGACUAAAGAGCUGAGCUGAUCAUGUUCCAGUGCAUAUCCCCCCGCAAAGAAAUAACAACAACAAGAAUUAAAGAAAGUUUUUUUAUAUAACUCAAGCUAAAAAAGUACAAGACAACUUAUUUUCUGCUUCUUCUUUUUUCCCAGUUAAACCCAGGUCAAGUUGGUUUUUAUCGUGUGCAGUACUCAUCCGCCAUGUUGGAACUUCUUCUUCCGGCCAUAAGAGAUAACAGUCUUCCGCCAAGAGACAGAUUAGGACUGCAGAGCGAUCUCUUUGCUCUGGUAAAACAUCAGCAAUUUUUGCGUCUUUAGAAUACCGUAUUUACUUGAUUCAAUGAAAUCCCGCGGCGCUUGUAAAAUUUUCAGCGUUUCCGAUGUCCGGCGAAAUCCAAACUGAGAUCAGAUACCGUAUUUCCUUAUUUCAUUGAAUACGCAUCGCGGCGCUUAUUUAAAAUUUCAGCGAAAAGGAUGGUUGCCUACUGGGAGGAGGACUCAUAAUCGAGGGAAGCGCUUAUUAAGUUCUCCUGUUGUUAGUCAAGCGCACCUUAAUCCCAUUAUACAAUUUACACAGAGUUAUCAAUAAAGUGGAAGUCGAAACAGAUUUUCCUGGUAUCCCUACUAUUAAAGAAAGUGAAGGUGGAGGGGAGAGGCGGGGCGCUUAUUCGAGGGGGCUUGUUUGAUGUUUUGGCCUAGAGAAAGGGCGCUUAUUUGGGGGUCCUGGGAGGGCGCUUGUUCGAGGAAAUACGGUAUCACAGAGUAGAAGACUCGUUUGGUAGCUCAUGAUUCGAUGGUAAUGAAAUUAAACAUCAACAUGUGAUGUAUGCCCUGCAACUUUUCCGAUUUGCCCGCUUUAAGUGGUCACGUGCUCAAACAAAAGUCCUAUCCGGCAGAAGGGAAAAAGUAUUACUAUAGCAGGCAUGAGUAGUGUGUGAUGGACGAUUUGAACAUUAUUUGAGGAGAUUUCUUACGAAAAUUGAACCCGCGUGGCACUAGCCCGCGUAGCAAGCGUUUCCGUUUGGUUUCAGAGCAAAGAAGGACAGACGAACGGGAUUUUCGGUUUUGGCUGCGCGAGAAAUGAAACGCUGUCUUUGACUGUCGUUCCUCGUUGUUUGCUCCGAAACCGCAUGGAAACGCUUGCUACGCAGGCUAGCGUAGCACUCACCUAAAAGUAAUAUCGCUGUAAGAAAUAACGGAGCGCGCGAGGGAAACACGCGAGAUGAGUGAAGCGUUUCUGUUUCGUGCCCCAUUCUUUCCUGUGCUCGCCCCGUACCACUUCCAAGCACUUGCUACGCGAUGAUAAAGGCUGUAGCUGAUAAAAAAAACAAACAAACAAACAAAAAAAAAAAAACAACAACAACAACAAAAAAUUAGCACAUUCACGCGUGUUCCUUUUUGUUUUAUUUUUAUUUUGGUUUAGUGCCGUGCCGGGCUGGUAUCAGGUCCUGAUGUCCUCAAAGUUGUAGAAGCAUUUAGUAAGGAGACAAACUUCACUGUGUGGAGUGAUCUCAUUAGUAACAUGGGUGGUAUUGGGGUGAUUCUUCAAUAUUGUGACUGUUAUCCUAACUUCAAAGCAUUCUGUAUUGAGCUGUUUCAACCAAUUGGCGACAAGCUUGGAUGGGAUCCUGUUGAAGGAGAGGGUAGGUGCAGGAAAAUCUUACAUUUCAGUUUGUAUGUAAAGAAUUACAAAAGUGACCACAGAAAAAUACUGCUGAGUAGCUUUAAUUUGAAUGGCCGCGCCUUAGGAUUUUAUUAGCCUCCCACGCAGACACUCUUAGGCCUUUGUCACGCGUUCCUUCCUAUGGCGUGACGAGCCCAAAGAACGUCUGCGCGGGAAGCUAGGAUUUCAUCCACAGACUCAAAAGUUAGAACCAUCUUGCAAGGCGUAAUAGACAGUAACAGGGGAAAGUGCUGCUAUGUAGCUCUCAUUUAAAUGGAUAUUUUGUAGUUCAUUAUUUUUUCUGAGGUAAUUAUUAUUUUUCCUUUGUUUCAACUUCAUUACCAUACCCAAAAAUAAAGAGGCAAAAAUUACCUGAGAUAAAAAAAUGAACUACCACAGAUACACCGUCAAUUAAACACAGACUGAAACACUUAGGAACCACUUUGUACAGCAUAACAAACAAGACCACAGGAAAGUACUGCUCAGUAGCUUUCAUUUGAGUGGUCACACUUUAGGAUUUUAUCCCCAAACUGAAUGGUUAGGACAACCCCGUGGAGCGAAACAGAUAGUACCGCAGGAACGUAUUGCUCAGUAGCCUUCUUGGUCACACACUUAUGACUUAUGGAUUUCACAGGUGAGAGACUCAAAGAUUGUAAUGUCCUGUUAUAGAAUGAAAAGACAGAAUAAAACGAAGCGGACGAGAGGACAACAAAAGUUUCCCCUUUACAUCAUUUAUUAAUAUGUUAACAGACUGACUAUUAGACUAACUCCCUGAACUAGUGAGUCGCAUCUAAGCCACUGUGAAUUAGCUGCAGUAAUCCUGCAUUAAUUUGUUAAAUCUGUCAUUUGAUUCGUUUAUGAUUGUGAUAUUUGUAUUUCCCUUUAGGACAUCUUGAUGCUCUUCUUCGUGGUCUGGUAAUCGGGCGUUUGGGAACCUACGGCCAUGAGGCUACUGUAGCUGAGGCUCGCAAGAGAUUUGAAGCCCAUUGUAAUGGUGAAGCCACGAUUCCUGCAGACCUGAGAUCAGCGGUUUACAGUACAGUUCUUAAGAAUGGUGAUGCUAGCUCACUGGAGGCCAUGAUGAAACUGUUCAAAAAAGCUGAUUUACAUGAAGAGAGAGUGCGACUAAUGAGAACCAUGGGAACUGUAACGCAACCUGAACUGAUCAAGAAAGUCUUGGAUUUCUCCUUGUCGGUGAGUGUGGUGAAAAUUUGAAUUCUGGACAUAAAACAGGGGCGUUUCGCAGGGACAAAAAUGUACAGCACGCACACGUUGACGUAGAGAUAUGCUAUAGGGACAAGCAGCAGGGGCAAAGUCACGUGCAGUACACAAACAGGGACGUGUAGCAGGGACGCAAUUACAUGUAGCACACAGAGGGACAUGUUACAGGGACAAUUAGCUGGGACAAAUCACGUGCAGCAGGCAUUCAAGGACGGAAAAACCAAGAACAAUUAUCAGAAACCAAAUCAGUACUCACACAGAGACAUGAAACUGGGGCACGUAGCUGAGAUUAAAUUAAAGUUGUACACACUCGGGAACAUGGGACGUGUAGCUAGUCUGUGCUUGAUUUAUUUAUGAAAUUAUGUUGUUUGUCUAGUGUUAAGCCCACUUUCCUUGUAGGACGAAGUUCGUUCCCAGGACACUGUGUUUGUGAUCGCGGGCGUCACCGGAAGGUCAGUGGUGUCUCUUCGUUAUUAUAUUUUCAGGUUGAUGUUGUCAGUGGUAUUAAGCGGUUUUUUAGUUAAAUAAAACAAAUUUGCUUUUGUUUUUGUCAAGGUGUAAGGAAAAAUGAAAUGUUAAUGCCAUUACCUCAGCACUGUUGCGGUUACAGGCACCUAUGGACUUAUCCUAAGCUAAUAGCCUCUACCAUUCCAUUCCAGUAUCAUUUAUUAGAGAGCUUCAAAUUGAAGGGUGAGGACGACUACGAGUACGAGUACGAGAUUUGACUAAAAGUUUUUUCGCGUAUUAUCGAAAACUAUUCCACCCGGAAAGCUUCAUUGAAAAAUUAGUGUAGUUAUUUUUAUUGGAGAAGGUUUAGCCCUUUCACGGUUGCAAAAUGAUUAAAUUAAAAUUUGAUAACUUGUUCCCGCCACUACUAUAUUCUCGCUAAAACUCCUAGUAGAAUAAAGACGACUAUCACGUUUUCCCGCCACAUUGACGUUGGUUCACGGAAGAGCACUACUUAGUACUUGAUAAACGCUCGUCCUCGUCCUUGUCCCAGAAUCUAAAGCUCUCUACCAGCAGUGAGUAUAAAAGGGACUGAAUUAUCCGGGUUUUCUUGAAGUGAGAUUCUAAUCUUUCAAAUCGCACUUUCUCAAGGCUAUUGUAUCUAUUUAACAAAUAGACUUCAUGUUGCGUGCGUCCGUUCAGUAAUAGAUAACAGAUGACGUCAAACAUCAGUGAUACACUGUGCCACUUCUUUGUUUUUACCACAUUUUGACGUCAUCUGUGAUCUAGACGCAAGGCAACAUGGAAUCUAUUUGUUAAAUAGAUCAUGGGCGACUACCUAUCACGGCGCGUACAUUCACUUCAUUGUAUAAUGCAUAAGAAAUACACAAAAGGCAAGGUAAUUAGAAUCCGGCGCAUUUUAUUAAUGACAUCAAGACAAAAGGCCAUGACGUCAUUUGCGUUAAUGUGUUUCACUUCAAACUAAUGAGAUUCCACUUCAAAAAUCAGAUACUUCGGUCCCCAUUGUACUGUUAAAGAAAAAGAACUAUAUUGUAUGUCUAUAUACACAAAUUCAAGUUUAAAAGUAAUUUGACAGCUGUUUUUUCGUUCCUUUUGUCGUUGUUGUCACAAUGCUCGACUCAUUACUCGUUAUUCGAUGACUGAUGUUAGAUCCUCGAUCUGCGCUAAAAUCGGGUUUCAGGAAUCGAAACCAAAGUUUAUUUCAAGCUGUACACUGUCAAUGUACAUUUAAGCUGUACGGUUUGCCUUUCCUAACAUCCUUUUUCUUUUAAUCUAUAAUUUAGCGUGCAGGGACGUGAACUAGCGUGGAAAUUUGUCCAGGACAACUGGGAUGAGCUGUAUAAUCGCUAUGAAGGCGGAUUUUUAUUGUCUCGACUAAUCAAGGUACAGUAUAUCGACGCUUCCUGGCCCAUUUUUUCGUUGGGAAUUGAAAAUUCAAUUUGUCCCUUUCCACAAGAAAAAUAAGGUCAACAAAAUUCGCCAGCGCAAGUGAAAAUCACGGUACGCGGGCACUGGCUAAUUUCUCUCGCUCUAACAUCCCUUCUUGCUUGUCUCCAGCACCGAGUCCCUACUCCCACUAAGCCUUGGGAAACUUGUGGAGGACUGAGCAGCUUUUAAUAUAUUGCUGUGAUAAGACGUCAAAUGUGGGAUAUCAAAACAACAAUUACAACUCGUCACCUCAAAUCCAUACGACCUCCUUUUGAAAAUGACCAGCAAAGUUCUUGUUGGAAAUCAAUUGUUGUUGAAGGGAAUUGUGCAUUCAGUCGGAGUUGAACUUCGCUGGUGCCAAAAGCUAUUGAAGUCUUCUACCCAAAUUAUUUCUCCCCUUCUUGUAUAACUACUGUAACUUAAAAGAGUGUUCAAGUUUUGUCCUGUGAAAUUAUUUUUCAUUUGCAGUCCACUACGGAAAACUUUGUCACAGAACAGUCCGCUAAAGAUGUUGAGGUAAGGAAAUUCUUAAAAUUAACUUCUGACCAUUUGCGUUUGAAUUUUUCGGUACACAUUUUAGAAUUGCGGAAUAGGACAAUCCAAUACGCUAUCUUACACGACACUUUGUACUCGAAAUGAGAAACCCUGUUGCUGAAUAGUUUUCAACUGAUGAAUUUGACAGAUCAGAGGUUUGCUUAAAGCUCAUUUCUUUGCCGCAAAUUUUUAGUAGAUCCUCAAAUUUCAAUCGCACUUUCUUGUCUUCGUCAAUUCAUUUCCGAACUGGUUUCUCUUCCUAAUUUUAAUGUCGAAAGUAGUCAAUUCAGUCUCGUCUGAAUAUUUUACUCCCGACUCCAGAUCCAGCGUUUUCAUUUUUAGGGUCUUUUCUUCCCCCACCCCGCCUCUUCCGCCGAGGCCCCCUUUGUGUCGAAGGGAAGCUGGGAAGAGGGGAAAAUGAAAGCGGGGAACGAUGGGAAGGGAAAAGAAAGCAAGAGAGACUCCCGCCUUUUUCCUCUUCCCAUUGUUCACCGCGCGCUUGCUGGCAUUUUUUACCAAAAAAUUCUCCUAAUCUUAACUCACUUAUCCUUACAAUUUUUUUCAUCGCCUCAGUUAUCCGUAACUUAUUUGUAAAUCCGGUAGCAAAAGGUUUUCUUUUUUUUACCAGGAAUUUUUCUCCAAACGCUCCGUCCCUGCUGCAGAAAGGACCAUUCAACAAUCUUUGGAAAAUAUCCGCUUGAACUGCACGUGGCUAUCACGUGAAUCCAACAAGAUCAGCACGUGGCUGAAGGAGAAAGGAUAUUAGGAAACUGCUGAGAAUUUAAUUUAGGCCUCUUUCUUUUCCGUUCCAUUUUUUUGUUUAAAGAGAAAACACUUUAGGAACGUUAAAUUAACUUUUGCGAAACAGAUUGACUUAAAGUCGGUCAUUAAAAAUGCUCUCUAGGCGAAUAACAUGCAGUUUCUGUUCCCAUAUCCUAUAAAUGAAAACAAAUCAACUUCUCGUUGUAGUUCAUGUGAUCUUUUCUAGCCUGCGAUGCGACGUUUUUCUUUUCUUUCUUUGUUUUAAGAAGAGAGGGAAAAAGAACCUUCCCACGAAAGACAUAACAAAUAUACAGGGAGGGCAUGAUCGCAGGCUAGAUCUUUGCAAAAGAUUUGUUCCUUUGACCUUUUAGAAAUGAAGAGUGCACGCGAGCCCCGGGACGCGAACAUUUUCCUCUCUCGGCGUUGUAAGUCCAGCUUUGCAAUGCUAGUGUACUAUCUUCAUGCAGGAUCGUUUAUUAGUCAUUUUAGAAAGCCCUUCAUAUUUUGAAAAACUUAAAGGACAAACAGAAUAAACACAGUUUGAAAUUCACCUCACCUUCAUUCUUCAGAAUAUAGAGCAAGUAUGGUAAACCACUUAUUGUCAGUGGUUUCCUAACAAAAUAUUUCAUGUCGCACACUUAGAGUCUAUAAUGAAGUCAAGUGAUAACGUUUUGUCGCUGCUGAGCCUGCGAACUAAAAGUAGGACUUUUCAAAAGACUUCUCUGACACGACUUUUGCUUAGUUUUUCCAGGAGUGAGGGGUUUACUGAAAGAUAAAGGGAACAACGUUUUUGUUAACUUAUUCGCGCAUGUAUUUGUUCCCCAUCAUACAUUGCUCCCUCGUGACUCCGAAGAGUUAAACCUAGUUCUGAUUCUAACUCGUUAGAGAAUAAAAUGUCACUUGACUUAUUAAUC